AGUGACAGUCUUAGAUAAUAAACGAACGCAUUCAUAUUGUAUUCAUAUAUUCCGUGAUAGGUGUACCAACUUAUUAAUUGUUAAUGUGAAAUGCAAAGAAAAUGUAUACGAAAAUAUUGUUCCUGCUAUUAGUUUGUGUUGUUGGACAAUCUGCAGGCACAUUCCGAUGUUACGCAUGCGGGUUCUCGUCAGUCGACACCGACACAUCCUGCUUGGUGAUAACGAACACUACACGGAGAGUGGACUGUCGAUACAAAUAUUGCACAAUCAUGCGACAGGAGUUUGUCGACCCCUCUGGCGUCGUGGCCAGUUUCAUCCGUGGUUGUGAAGAUGUACCAGAUUACCUCAACCAUGAUGUGACGGACACUACAUUUCGAACAUAUUAUCGAGCUUGCACUAACGAUCUCUGUAAUAUUGGUGACGGCAUACAAUCAGUGGUAGGAGGGAAUUUGUCGCCAAAUCCACCGUUCACAGGGCUAAAUCUACUUGUACCAGGGACCCGUUCUGGCAGCGCCACUUCAAGACAGACUAAUUUGCUUUUGUUACUGGCUGCCAUUGGUUUUAAACCAAACAUGACAACGUCACCCACCAGAACCAAGCAAAAAUUAUCCCUACGGAAACGUUUGUUCGUGAAGAAAUCUCCCAAAGUUGGCUGCUAUGUCGAUACGGAUUCCAAUGAAGAAUUUGGCCAGUCCCACUCACGUCCUAUGUCCCCAGCUGAUCCUUUUAUAGCACAAAGUGCACACUAUUCCGAGGCAUGUGUGGAUAACAGUCAUCAUCGCCAGAAUUCAAAUAGUGAACAUGUUAGUGAUAGUUCCAAUCGAAACUAUAACGACGAUGAAAACAACCCUAAAUGUUGUAAAACAUUCUUCAGAAGAUCUCGACCGAAAAGUUUAAUGGAACCUCAAUCUUCUAAAGAAGAUUCAGUGUCAAGGCCAAGUAGUCCAGUGAAUAAUUCCAGUAACAAUAGUUUAAGCGAUCACACAGUGUCUCAAACAAAAAGUGAGGAGAUCCCUAAAGUAACUGUAAAUUUCCCUAAAAGUGUUGAGACGAAAAAGUAUUUCGAACAUUCAGGUUCAUUUGAAGGUAUUAAACCAAAGAGUAAGUUAUUUGUUAAGAGGCUGUCUGCAGAUCAUUUGAUAACCAAUGAUACAAAACCCUUGUACCGCUCAUCCUCUCCAGAGAGUGAUAGAAGCAGUUCAUUAGACCGAAAACGAAGGAGCAAGUCUACAAUCACUCGGUCAGCUUCUCGCGCGGGGAGCACUGACAGCUUGGCUCGCAAUUCCCUGCUUGCUGCACAGGUGCUGAGGCUUAUACCCACACAGGAGGCAAGGCAGAGGAACUAUUUGUAUGGAAGGUUGGCAUCACAUUCACUGUUAGGUGCAGCAGAAUUGGAACAUGUUUUCCCUGAUCGAGAAGUGAGAAUAUUCAUUGGUACAUGGAAUAUGAAUGGACAAGCACCACCAAGGGAGCUGGCGGAUUUUAUUUUUCCCAAUCAAGUGGAACAUGUUCCAGACAUUUUCGCCAUUGGCACGCAAGAGUCAUACUCUGAAAGGACUGAAUGGGAAAUAACAAUACAAGAGGUUUUGGGUCCAUCACAUUUACUACUACAUUCUUAUUACUUAGGUACAAUUCACUUAACAAUUUUCAUACGAAGGGAUCUUAUUUGGUUCUGUUCGUUGCCAGAAGAUGCAAGUCUGUCUGUCCGUCCGGGAACUGCGUUUCGAACUAAAGGGGCCGUGGCAAUAUCCUUCGCGUUGUUUGGUUCUACGUUUCUAUUUGUUACUGCCCAUUUGACCGCUCAUCAAGAGAAAGUUAAGGAGAGACUGUCAGAUAUUAAAAGGAUAAUACGGUCUAUUGAUUUGCCGAAAAAUUUGCCGUGCAGGCAUAGAAGUAAAGAUGUCACAAGCAAUUUCGACUAUGUGUUCUGGUGUGGUGACCUCAACUUUAGAUUAGGUGAACCAAGGGCAGCCGUUUUAAGAUGGAUAGAACAAACAAAAUUUCCUUUACCAGCACAUUUACCUCAUGGGCUUCUUCACGCAGACCAACUAACCGUAGUUCUGGAAGACGGAGCCGCUUUCCGGGAUUUCCGAGAAGCGCCCAUAACUUUCCCUCCUACUUACAAGUACGAUCCAGGAAGUCAACAGUUUGAUACGUCCAGUAAACAGAGAGCGCCGGCGUAUACAGAUCGAAUACUGUACAAGGCUAGAUCUAUGGGCGCCAAUUCGACGUCUGCAUUUGCAGGGCUAAGGCGAAUGACCAGCGCACCCACUCCAUCGGGUCUGAAGUGCAUCGCGUACAACUCAGUGCAGUCCGUGGUGACGAGCGACCACAAGCCGGUUUGGGCGUUGUUCUCUGCUGCGCUACGCCCUGGCACCGAUAUCGUCCCCCUGGCGGCUGGUUUGUUCAACAGAGAAGUUUACUUGGAAGGGAUCAAACGACGACGUGCGCUUCUCGACCACGCGCCCGGCACAUCAGCUGUGUGUAGCGUACAAUAAUACCACUAAAUAUUAUGAGUAUUAUGUUUACAUUGUUUAUUUCCAAUUGAAAAAAUAUACAAUUCAGUAUUAUGAACCAAUAAAGUUAAUCAAAUACGAAAGCCACAUGCGCCAGACAUCCACUUUUUCAAAGUAAAAUGUCUUUAGGCGCUUACAUUAUACUCUUUCCACGGAAAGAAGGUAGUAUAGCGCUCUCUCUGUUACGUAAUCCCAUAUAAAUGACAGAGACAAACAUCUUAGGCGUUGACCAUUUUGAGUCACCAGCCAAUCACAAACGAAACUUUGUUUUCGAAGGUUUUGUGAAAUACCUCAGAUCUCAUUUUGUCUAUGAAAUUACGCAACAGAGAGAGCGCUAUCUUAACUUCUCUCCGUGGAUAAAGUACAGUAUAGAACCUUUCAUACGAUUAAAAGUGCUUACAUUUUAUACCAGUACAAACACACGGUAUGAAUAGUUCUAUAUUCAAAGUAUGCGCCAUUACGUAUUCCGUAAGAUUUAUUAUGCAAAAAAAAUAUGGAAUCCGUAUGAACAAAGUCAUGGGUACAAGGGGCAUGUAUGGAUGUGGCGAGUGGUCCAUUUGUGCAUACCAUAUUAGAAACUCAUCGCAUAUUGUAAAUUCAUGGUGAUAAUAACCAAAAAAUGCAGUAUUUUAAAAUACUAAAACUAAUUUAACUCAAAAAUACAUAGUACUUAAAGUAACCUGAGUUAUAAAUAUCAUUCAUUGUACGUUUUAAAAUGUUUCAUUACUACCCUCUUUUUCUUUGAAAGGGUAAUAAAGGUAAGUUUUAGUCAUAUAGUCAUUCCCGAAAAGAAUAAUGUUUAUUUUUUACUUAUUUAUUAUUAUUAUAGAUAAUAAUUUUAUGUAUUUUUACACCAAAGAAUUUAUUUUUGUUAGGAAGUUAUUUACAAUUUGAAGAUUGAUUAUUAUUUUGUUAUAUUUUAUUUUUAACAUAUUAGUGUUUUGUUGUGAAUAAAAUUGUAACUAAAUUGAUGUUAUAGCGAAAUGGCAUAAGCCGGGAUUUUUUUUAUUCACUACAUAAGCAAGCACUUGACCACAAUCACACCUGAUGGAAAGUGAUGAUGUGGUCAAGAUGGGACGCGUUUACCUAGAAGGGGCCUAUAUUCACUCUUGUUUUAAAGAUACUCGGAUUGUAAUUGAUAGGAAACACAGAUCGCGAAAGAGUAUUCCAAACCUUAGCCAUGCGUAUGAGUUAGCCAACUUACCGCUUAGGUUCUAUUGGGUAAUAUUAUCAAAUGCUCAGUAUUCUAUGAUAUUACUGGAUUUGUUUAUUGAAAUAGUAUAAUUGAGUUGUAGUUUUAACAUCUCCCGGCAUUAGUAUAUGCCUAAGGGAGUUGGUCAACUCGCGGCUUGUGCCAUUUUGCUGCGACAUUGACAGUGCUGCAUACCAUCUUUUUCUAAAGAAAACAUUAUGAAAAGGAAAGCACUUUUAAUUUUAGUCAUUGCAGUCUUGUUUUAGUGCAUUUUAGUUUUGUUUUUGCAAAAAAUAACUUAAAUCAAUUGAAGUCAUUUUUUUUUAAAUCAAUUUUAGUUGAAUUUUGUGUGGUCCAUAGAAAAAGUUACUUAUAGUUGCGUUUUUCUAUUAGUUACUUUGAAGUAGUACCAGCUAUUUUUUUGUAAACUAUUAAAUAUAAAUAAAAUUGUUAAGAAAAUCUAUGAAAACGACAAGUCUAGUCAAAACCUGAGUGUUUUAAUUAAACAAACAGUAUUCAAGUUACUUAUAAUAUUAUAUAGUUAUUUAAUUUUAAACCGAUCAUUAGAUGUAAGUAAUCAAUUUUAUUUAUUGUACGUAUGUAUAUUUGCAUAACCACAUUGAAACCUUUUCUUCACUAACCUGUAUGGACUUUUAGGUAAUCAUUAAGGGGACUUAGGUUAAAUAUUGGGACCAAUGUCUGAUCCAACAUUGGCUAUCCACUUACGUGUUUAGGAUUAUGAAAUAUCGAAGUUUUGUGCCAACGUUGGUUACCUGCUCGCUUGAAUCUAGCUUGUAUCUUUGAUAUUCCAUCAUUACUAUUUACGCACAAUAUCCUGUUUUAGUUUCAUUUAAUUUAGUACAAGAUUUUUUACUUAGUUUUAUAUGAAUAAAAUAGGUCACAUAGCUAAUGAACUAAUGAAUAGUUUUUAGUGUAAACUGUAUUAUUUACUAGUACAAUGCAUUUUAUAUAAUAAUUACACAUAUAUUUCCCUCAUUAAAUGUAGGUACUUAAUGUAUAUUGAUAAUUUUUUGUUGCAAACGCUGGCCAUACACGAUCAAGUUUACCGGUCAAGUUUGCAGCGGACUUGAAGCAGCGUCUAGUACAGUGCCCAGCUAAAAAGUAGCUCAUUGACGCGAUUGGCUGACGAAUGGCGGGAACACGCGAUUGGUUGAUCAGACGGAGCGGCUGCACGCGAUUGGUUGAUACGUCGACUCUUGAUUCCUGGAUUCGUCAACUUUCUCCCACUACACUGCUUCAGAUCCAAGUUGUUUGCCGGGCAUUAUAAACUUGACCGUGUAUCGCUAUCAGUGUGCAUGAUGUCAUGCACACUUGACGGUGUGUGGCUAUCACUUGACUAGACGCUGCUUCAAGUCCAGCGUUUUUAAAAAAUUUAACUAAUUUGGGUUGUGUUAAAUUAUUGCGAAAAUAUUGUUGUGAGCUUAGUUAACAUUAAUCUGUAAGUAAAUAGCAGAAAGUUCUGUCCAGACUAUGUAACAUGUUAUAUAAUUUUUGUGAAAUAACACGUCCACAUUGAAAUAACAUUAUAAGUCCGUUGUGAUUCACGUAGUAAAGUAAUUAGCGAUGUCAUAUUGAAUUAUUAGAUAUGAAAUGUUAUAUUCUAUUUUCGUGUAAACCUUAACUUUAGAAUUUGAAAGGUAUGUCUGCAUUACAUUGGAUUAUUUAUUACUUUUUAUUCAUACAUAUAAAUUAAAGCUUGUUAGAUUUUUACCUAUUAGUUUUCAAUUUAAUAUCAAAAGUUCAAUUUUUAAACAUCUUCGUUUAUCUAAGUAGGUAAAUGUUAUUGCUUAAUCUUUAGCUUAUGAAACAUAGAAAAGACAUAUUGCUUUUAUUAUCUUUAAGAUAAUAAUUUGAUAAAAAAUUACACACGGGACGUAUUGUAGAGCUUAUAAAAAAUAUUUACUUAAUUAGAUUUUAAAAUUAAAUUUUACAAAGAUUUCUCAGUAUGAAAAUAUAAAUUGCGAUGAUAUUAGUCAAUGAUCUCCAAUUCAAUCUGAAUUUUAAUCUCCAUUGCCACCAACGUUUACUUAACGAACGAUUUAGCUUGACGAAGUAACAGAAUAGGUAUUGGAAAAAGUUAUACGAAAAAGUGCGAACGAACUUAUGCAAUAUGCACUAGUGCAUUAAACUAUAGAGCUAACACGAAAGUUGUGAUUAUUACAUAGCGACAAUUGCAAUUGUUGUAAUUGACUGAACUCACGGCAUUCUUGCUGCUACUGUACGUUCUAGCCAAUAAUGUGUGCCAGCCAUGUAUGUAGGCAUGGUGAUUGCCAUUGUCAUGUGGCUGUAAAUCUUUGAGGCAAUUUUUAAAAUUCCUAAACCUUACACUGUUUCUACUAUUAUUACUGUAAAGAAAGAAAAUGAAUUUAUUCAAUGGUUGUGUCACAAACAAACAACACAAUUGUACUUAAUUUAUAUGUUUAUCUGUGACACCACCUUGAAUUGGUGUACAGCUCAGCCUUCUGACGUGCAUCAUAUGCGCAAAUGCAUAUACGAUGCAGGGCGCUGAUUGUCAGCUGUGAGUUGAGACCCGGGUAGUUGUAAAGUUGUAUUUCUAAAGCUGCCUUACUACGGUAAACCGUCUUGAGAAAUGUUAACAUUUCAAUUUUAGGUGCUGUGAUCGAUGUUUGAACCUAGUCAAUCACUACGUAAAUAUUACGAUAUGAAGUGACGUGGUAGAGUAGAUAGUAGUGCGGGUAGUGACUUAUGACGUCAUUAAAAGUAAAAUGUAUGAAGGUGCAGACAAAUUAGUGUUGUAGUGUACUUAAAUGCAAUCGACCUCGAUGACCGAUUAAUCGGAAUGCAACGCAAGAGUCAGUGCGUUAAGGUACCUACGGAUUUACUCGAUUUUUGACGAUCGACAUGUGUGAUGAAACAAAAUCGAGUAAACGUGUAAGCAACAGACGAUCGAUAUCGUAUUUUUUGCCGAUCAAUUUACGUAAUAUAUGUACGUGUUCUUACAAAUACAUGUUUAUUAAAUCCUCCGAUCGCUUUCUGUUGCGUCACGACAUACCACAGCAUUGUGAUGUGGUUUACGCCUUUAAGUAGGGAAAAAAUCAUGGAUUUAGGUUCCAUGAUGACGGCAAAGUUAUAAAAACUUAUUUAUCAAUAUAUUAUUUAUCUGUGAAUUUAUUGUGUUGGUUUUAUUUAUCAAUAACACCUUUACAUGGAGAUACCAUGGUAAUAGUACCUUUACAUGGUAAUAGUAUUAUUUAUCAAUAACACCUGUACAUGGAGAUAUAAGGUACAUACUUUUCAGUUUUCUUCCAGGCUUCUGAGAACUCUAAUUAUUGAUUUAAGUAUUCUCGUCCAUAAUUAACUCAAUCUUACGAGAUUCCUUACAUUUAUAAUACCGGUAUUGUUGAAAUAUUUCUAACUAAUAUUAAUUAGAGACCUCUAAAACAUGGAAUUGUUACUGAAAUAGUGUCAAUUGUUAAAACCGAUACUGUACUUAAAUAAACGCACAUACUAGUUAGUCAAAACCCUUACAUAAUUACAUGUAAUUAAAAAUAAACUAUAGUUAAACUAAGAUUAUUAUCAAACAUCAGUAUUUAAUGUUCAAGUACCUAUAUAUAUUGUUUUUAAACUAUAUACAUCACAUCUCACUUUUUUCACAUUCACAUUACAUCAUUCUUCACCUUUGUCACAUCUUACUUUAUAUUAUGUACUUAGUACCUACUAAUAUUGAAGGCUAGUAAGCUAUGGCGAAAUUACAUUCAUAGGACCCCGUACCUCAUGUUAAAGUACCCGAAACACGAAGAAGCUUUAUGCUGGCAUUUGUUUCACCAAAAUUCCGGGUAGUUUAAAAUAUAUGCCACCGUUUUAGUAGUAGUUUAUAAGCUUACAUCAAUAAAACCAUAGACUCAAUUACUGUCUUAUUCUAGACAAUCAGCCAAACAAUUUUUGACUAAUAAGUGCUAUGAUGCUUGUAAUUACUAGUACCUAUAGGUAUAUAUUUCAUUAUACAGACGUAGUAAGCCAGAUUGUCUUCCAGAAAUAUUGUAACAGUAUCUUUAAGAAAUAUUUGCUAUAAUUUUAUUGAUAAAAUGAUAAUAUGAAACAGAUGACACACUUACACGGUUUUUGAUUUUUAGUGUCAUUUGUAGAAAUACGUCACUUGUUAAUGGUAUCAAAAGCCUACCUUUAGCCACCAAACAAGAAACGAAGAAGAGAGCUACCUUUUGUUAUCUGUUAUUAUUACAAUUAUAGCAAAAAUAUGGACUGUUUAUAAUAUACAAUGUCGGUAAAAGCCUCAAGUCGACGUUUCAAUCAAAUUAUGGAGCUCCACUCCGUAACUGUUAUAUCCUUGUGCCUUUUACCUUCAUCCGCAAGUAAUGUACAUCGUAAAACUAUUUUUAUUAGUAAAUAAACGAUUCAUUAGAAUAGUCGUAUUUUAAAAGGUAAAAGAGCAAAAUUAACUUCUAAGAAAGUUCUUAUCAUGUUUAAUUAUGUAAAGGUGCUUACAUAUUACAGAUGUUAUAUAACAUUUGUAAUAUAAAAAUUUAUGAAAAAUAUUAAAAUUACCUCAUACAGAGUGUGUUUUUAACUGUAUGAGGUAAUUUUAAUAUUUUUUGUUAUACAACAAUACCUUGAUAUUACUGAAUUUGUCAUAUUGGGGUGAAAGCGACUAUUGCAACAAAAUGUAAUAUUUCUGUUAGAAUAAUCGUGUGGGAGCCCCUAAAGUAUUUUUCAAUGAAUUACUUAUGGAUCCUUAUCAGUUUGAGGCUUAAGCUUUGAGGCUAUAUUUUAAGUUAUUGUUUUAUUAUUUUCUGUUACCUUUUUUUAAAUUAUUUAAGCACAAUUUUUAAAAAAUCGUACUUAAUUAGGCAUAAUUCGAUUAUGGAUUAUCAAUUUAUUAAACUAGUUUCAUAGUAAGUAAUUGAAUUUUUUGUAAAAGACAUUUUGCUAUCAGUACUAAAGAACAUGAUUACGAUUAGUUAGCUGUUAUAGAGAGAAUAUACUGUAGUCCUGUAUUUUUACUAUUUUACGAUAUUAAUGAACUAGAUACUUAAAUGAAAGCUUUAUUAAAUAACGGUAUGAUCAAAACUAAGAUCAGAUUAUUUUAGUCUUAAAGUGUUAUUUACCUGUAGAAGGUAGAUGGUUUCCUGAAUGUUGUGUCCACACCAAGUGCAUAUAAGCAUUUGUCCUUAUGGGAUAAUCUUGUGCUACAAAUGCGCGGUAAGUGUGGCCGUGCCUCGUGGUUGUUACGGUGCACGUUGCCUCUGUCGAACAACCUCGAGGCACAUCACACCAACCGAGUAUUUGUACGCUUGAUGUGGAGAAGCUCAAUAAUUUUUAUUCCCGUACAAUUGUCCUAUAUGUUUCAAAAUUAGUUGAUCUACACAAGAAUGUAUUUUAGCUUCAGUUACUUGUAAUAUAACAUAAUGUCGAACUGACGCCAUAACUCGCUAGUCCAUGUAUAGAUAAUAGCAUAAAU